GCUGGCGGCUGGGCUCUGUAAGAUGGCAGUGAGCACGAAAACAUACUGAUGUGAUAAAUAUUACAUUGGCUUUGGUGAGGGUCCCUACAGCUUUAACACACGCAGAAUAUGCAGGAGGUGGGAGAGGCUAGGCGCGUCCCCGCUGGCCUCGGGAGCGCGCUCUGACUGCAGCUUGCUGCCAGCCAAAAGACCGAGACUAGGCGGCCGCCGUCACAGCAGCAACAGAUGCAGGAAGACCUUCUCCGCCGGCGUCCGUACUUCGCAACUCAGCAUCUAGUUGGGGGUCCGAGUCCCCGGGGAAUCUGGGCCUCAUCGCUCCCCAACAGCAGUGAGAGCUCGGGGACCUGAAGCGAAACAGGAGACACGAUGGCGGCGUCUUUGCGGGGCCUGUGGCUGGUGUGGGCGCUGCUGGGGGCCGCCCACGGCUGCACCGAACCCUGCGCUUGCGUGGACAAGUACGCGCACCAGUUCGCCGACUGCGCGUACAAAGACCUGCAGGAGGUGCCGUCAGGGCUCCCUGCCAACGUGACCACGCUUAGCUUGUCUGCCAACAAGAUCACCUCCUUGCGUCAGGGAGCCUUCGCCGAAGUCACGCAGGUCACGUCUCUGUGGCUGUCCCACAACGAGAUUAGCGCCAUCGAGCCAGGGGCCCUAGCGGUUCUGGUCCAGCUCAAGAACCUGGACAUCAGCCACAACCAGAUCGUUGACUUCCCCUGGGCUGACCUGCGCAACUUGAGCGCCCUGCAGCUGCUCAAGAUGAACAAUAACCGCAUGGCGGCGCUGCCGGCCGACGCCUUCCGCAACCUGCGCGACCUGCGCUCUCUGCGCAUCAACAACAAUCACUUCAGCUUCAUAGCCGAGGGCACCUUCGACGCGCUCACCUCGCUGUCGCACCUGCAGAUUUAUAACAACCCCUUCGACUGCACGUGCCGCCUUCUGUGGCUCAAGGCGUGGGCGGAGAACACUCUCAUCUCCAUCCCCGAGCGGGAGUCCAUCACGUGUGCCUCUCCCCCAAACCUCAAAGGCAUCGCCCUGGGUAGCCUCCCGGCGCUGCAGUGCGCGCCGCCCACAGUGCGCCUUAGUUAUCAGCCCAACGUAGACGGAGCAGAGCUCCAGGAUGGCCUGGCCCUGGCCCUGCACUGCAUCGCCACCGGCCACCCCAUGCCGCUGAUCCAGUGGAGGAUCGAGACGGUUGGCGGCGCGCUGCUCAUCGAGCAACCCAACGCCAGCGAGGCCGGGGAGGAGAUACCCCCGCGCUCUCCACAGCGCUUCCUAGCCUUCGCCAAUGGCACCUUGCUUAUCCCGCACCUGAGCAAAAAGGAAGAGGGCACCUACACAUGCCGGGCAGACAACGAGCUGGGCAGUAAUGAGACGUCGGUGAGCGUGGCGGUGGCCGGACCGCAGAAACACCCCCCGGCUUCGCCCAGAGGUGAGCUCCCGGGCCUGGGCAGCAAAGGCUCAGGAGGAGAUCGCAAAGCGUCUGGCAAGGGAUAUGGCAAUAGCGUCCUGACCUCCAAGGGCGAGGAGAGGACCAAAGGCCGGGGUCCCUGGGGAGGGCAGGGCAGGGCGUCAGCUGCACGGACCCCCGAGGUCCUGGAGGAUGUCGAGGUGGAGGCGGAGGCAGAAGAAGACCCCUUUCGGCCACCGCCAUUUGAGCGGCGCUGUGGCCAGGGGGACCCUACAAUGUACGUGUCCAACCACGCCUUUAACCAGAGCGCGGACCUUAAGCCCCAUGCCUUCGACCUGGGAGUGAUCGCACUUGACGUGUCCGAGCGAGAGGCCAAAGUACAGCUGACUCCGUUCGCGGUCAGGCCAGAGAAGAGGCACCUGCGAAUGCUCUACCUGUGCGCUGAGGGCGGCCACGCAGUAGUGCAGUGGUCCCGGAUUGAGGAGGGCGUCAAUUCCUACUGGUUCCAAGGCCUGAGCCCGGGCACCAACUACUCGGUGUGCCUCACUUACGUGGGCGAGGCGUGCCAGGUGCAGGUCGUGUUCACCACCAAGAAAGAAGUGCCCUCCCUAGUCAUCAUAGUGGUGGUCAGUGUCUUCCUUCUGGCGCUGGCCACUGUGCCUCUGCUGGGGGCCACGUGUUGCCAUCUUCUCUCCAAGUACCAGGGCAAGACCUACAGGCUCAUCAUGAAGGCGCAGAACCCUGACCAGAUGGAGAAGCACAUCGCUGCCGACUUCGACCCCCGCGCUUCCUACUUGGAGUCUGAGAAGAAUUACAGUCCCACAGACUCUGGUCCCGGGGUGGGAGAGGGGACUGGACCUGGGAGCAGGGCUAGGACAAGAGUAGGGGAGGAGGAAGAGGAUGAUCAGGAGGAGGAAGAGGUGGGUGGAGGAUUGGAGAGGGACGAGAGCCUAGUGGCCGGCUCCCUUCCGGAGUCCCAGUCCAAGGCCAACCAGGAGGAGUUUGAGGCAAGUUCGGAGUACAGCGACCGGUUGCCACUGGGGGCUGAGGCGGUUGAUAUCGCCCAGGAAAUUAAUGGAAACUAUAGGCAGACAGAACGUUGACUUUCCUCUCCCCUCCUCCCCCUCCUUUCCACCUCCUCAAUUCCUGCCUGACCCCCAACCUUGGACAUUGGGAAACAAAAGAAAACGGGGUGGGGGGAGGGAUAAGACACGCUCUAAAGCAUUUCACCUUAACAGUGUAAAUAAGGUUGCCCGGGGGUACUGACCUAAAAUUCUCGGCAUGCAGUCGGAUAGCGGGGAAUAGAGUUCGUCCGCCCUUUCCACUCAGAUGGCUCCUCCGCCCAGUCCCGGGAGGCUCAGCCUCCCACACCCGGGAGCCUUUCUGAUUGAACCAUCCUUCCCCAUCUCAUUUCUAGCUGCUUUCCUUUUAAAGCAGGUGCACUUACUCCCUAAAGACCGGGCCCCAAAGCCCUUUUGAAAUUUUAAAACAAAAAGAAAAAAAUAUAUAUCCCUUUCCUUCCUUCCAUGGCUUUGAAGGGAACAAAAUCUAAGUUCCGUGUUCUCCUCCUUCCAUCUCCACCUCAACCAUUUGCAACAGAAAGAAACGAACGGGGGGUUGCAGACUGGGACAAGUUACAACUCACCACUCCUUUUGAUUUUAAGAUUUGUAUUACUUUUUAAAAGGAAAAUCAUGACGCUGUUGGAUCUGGUGCUAACACCCCGCUUCCCAGCCUGAUGGGAAAUAAGGGUCUUUCAUUCAUUCAUUUCAUUCAUUCACCUGUGUUCCCCUCUCAAUUUUCCCCCCAUCCUUGCCUCCCCCACUCUCUCUUUCUCCCUUCUUUCCCUUAAAACCGGGAGUCUAUCCGAUCACGCCCAACUGUCCAGGAAUGUGUGAGUUAGCUCCCAUUGUGUAUUUCGUUGUAACUGUCUUUGAGUUUCAGGAGGUUUCCGCGCUGGACAGGUCCAGUACCUGCUGUACUCACGCGCCCCCACUGGGGAGAUAACUCAAAAGGUCCCCCCGAGCAAGGGCUGUUUGGGAACAGUGAAAAGAGUGAGUUUAGAAAGAGCCCCCAGAAUACCCCCUCCCCACUCGAUUCCUCUCACCUGGGAAUCAACUAGAUGUGAAACAGAGUUGGGUCUGCCACACUGAGCCCGCGACUCGGAAGGUGUGUGUCUUUGUUUGUAUUUGUGGCUUGGACUAAUCUUCAACCGCGAGUGCUUUAAAUUUGUUUGGCACAAAAUAUCUGUAUAUAGAAAUGGAUGAAGGACGGAGAAAAGAAUCUCUGUUCUUUUGUGGAUCUCGGCGUCCCGCCCCACCCUUCCUCCCUAUCCCUCCAAAUAGAUAUGAUAUUCCCUACUGAGAACUGUAUUAGAGAAAUGUGUAUUCCUAGGCUAGAGUGAUUUCUAGAAACAAAAGUAUGUGGUCCUGUUCAUUGUAAACCUGUAGUCUUAGCAGGGGCUGGGAAGGGGGGAGGGGAGGAGGCGAAGAAGAAGGUUCAGCCGCAGAGACUACCCGGGUCUAGCUCAGCCUUGCCAGUCCUCAGUCCCGAAAGCGCUCGAGGGUCUUGCUUUCCUUUCUUUCUUAAGAGAAAGAACUGUAUAUAUUAAGGUUUGGUGGGAUGUGGGGGAGGGGGUUAUAUUGUUGUAUUUGUUUGUUUUGAGAGAGGCUAUUUUUCUCUGGCCUUGAGACAAAUUUCAACUACCACCCGCAUUGCCCAGCUCAGCCAGCACAAGCUCUUCGUCUAGGGGUCGUCCCCGGAAGGACCGAAGAGUACAACCAACCCUCCCUCCCUCUCUAUCGAACCAUCAAAUCAGUGACCUUUCCUAAAGCGCUUCUGUGUGUAGAGUCAAUAAAAGAAAUGGAU